AUGUCGGGGAGUUACUUGGCAGCCGCCGCGGCGAUGUUCGACGCCACUGUAAUUUUUCCCUGGAUGAUCAAGCUAUUUAUGAUCACGGCGUUCGUGAACGUGAUAAGCUCAAUGUACCAGUCUCUGGUAACAGAGGGCAUCAAAGCAGUGGCUCGUAGCGCCAUGCGUACCAUCGGAGUGUCCACUGAGAAGAACGUGAAGCUGAACCACGACACCGCCGUGUUCACCGAGGUCGCCAAGUCCGGCAUCGUCGGGCUCGGCGAAACCUAUGCUGCGGGUUACUGGGAACCCGUGGCCCGACUCGACGACUUCCUGUUCAACAUCAUCGUCAAGUCCGAUGCCCUGGGCUCCUUUUUCGGCAACUAUUGUGUCCGGUGA